CAAUUUCUCAGUGGUUCAUUGUGCUCGGUUUAGCAGCCAUGCUCAGGCGCCAGAUCAAAUGAUAGGCUCUGGGCAGCGAUCGUGAAUCGGAGACCGAAUGGAUGCAGGAGUGGCAUGUCAGAACUUACGCGACUGAGGGAUACGUUCACUCGAAUGGCCACUGCUUCUCGUACCAACAUCUGUAUAAUACAGCAAUGACCGGUUCAGCGAGUUGAAUUCACGAGCAUGCAAAAACGUAGAUUCCUCCAACGAUUACCUUCAGGAUCGCCAGAACCCGUAAGAACCAACAGUCUCCCUCUGAGCAGCUCCUCCCUUCUUACUUUCUUCCUUCGAGUCGAGACGUUUCAAGUCCUUUUCCUCAUAAUUGUAUGUACGGAAGAUGCAUUUUGUGACCCUAUGGAAUCUUGUCCACCUUUUUAUCAUCGGUGACCUGAACAGUCAUUCUCGGUUCUGGAAAAUUGUGAUGGUAGUAGAUCGAAAACGUAACGUGAUAUGUCGCGACUCUGAUAACCACGUCACGUCGAACAAAGACGAGCUAGAUGACCUUGCACUCUGAGCUGAGCCGCGAUGGACACAAUGGAUACCUUGAGUCCAUUCAAAACAGAAGAAUUCACGACUCCACGAAUUAACCGAUUUGAUUGUACCGACCUAAUGGUUCGAUAACGAGAUCAGAUAGCAACAUGACCGACGAGGAUCAAAACACAGUUACCUUGAAG